UUGGACGCUGGCUCCUGCCAGGUGGGGGCACUAGGGGCCUUGGAGCUCUUUGUCCACAAGGACUGGCCGGAUGGGGGGUGUGUGGGGUGCAUGUGCCCUCCGCAGAAGCCCUGGGCAGUUUAGUGGCCAGGGCAAAGGACGAGUGGCCCCAGGUUUCAUUUUUCCUGUGCCUGCCCCGGACUAGUUUCAGCGUCUCCUUCCUGGCUGCGUGUCACAGGGGCAUGCUGGAGGUGGUGGGGGUCAUCGGACAGAUCCCCCUUGUUCCCAGGGCGGCCUGUCUCCCUGCGGGCUCCCUCUCCUGCUCCCCACCCUGGGCCUGGCGAGGCUCCGGCCGACCCCUUACUUCCGGGUGCAGCCUCACUCCCCUGACCCGAACCCCCCCCCCAGGUCAGGCGCCGUGCUGUCUCCGUCUCCUCUGUUCCCCAGAUGAACAGACUGGGGACGCCCUCGGGAACUGCACCCCCAGGAGGCGCUGAACCUGGGCUCGGGGCAGGGAGCCGUCCAAGAAGGGCUGGGAGCAGAGAGGCCGGCUCAGGGGCCCCGGGCCGGAGGGGACGGGGCUGUGCCCUGCCCCCUGCCCCGUGGCGCCGGCAGGCCCCCCGUGAACAGGGGUGGAUGGGGUCCAGAUGUGCUGAAAGGACCCUCCAGUGUGGGCUCCUGCCACCUGCCCGCUCCGAGCUUCAGGGUCCGGUUCCCCGGCUUUCGGGGAGGGGAGUGUGCAGGGGCACGUCCCCAAAGGCUGCUCUGCCCUCGGUAGGCGGGAAGGCCCCCUCCGUGUUGGACGGGGAAGAGAGGUUCCCAGGCUCGAACAGGGGUCCCUGAGCGAAGGCGGCUGUCCGCAGCAGGAGAGCCAGUGCCUGGCAGAGACCCGUGGGGAAGCAGCCCCGCAGAGCCAAGCACUGGCUUGGCUGGGACGGCUGAGGACCCGUGAGUGAGACAGGCCCGCAGACGCGGCCUCCAGGAGAUGCGGGUGCUGCUGGCUGGCUGCUUCGGGGUCUUGGGGGCUGGGGCAGCACCCCCUCCCCAACUCAGGCCGGAGGUCGGGAGACCCCCUCCUGGGCCAGGUGCGCAGCAUCACAGGGCUGGUUCCUUCUGGAGGCUCCAGGGGAGGGUCCAUUUCCUCGUCUUUCUGGAGUCCUGGGGGCACCCACGGCCCCUCUGUCCAUUGUCCCGGCCGGCAACGGACCAUGGAGUGUCACCUCGUGCCUCUGACUCCGGACCCCAUCAGGCUCCCUCCUUGCUGGGGCGCCGGUCUUGCAGUCCAGGUGGCAUUCUGGGAGCAGGGGACUGCAGGGGCUUCGGGGGGGGCAGGGCUGAGAGCCGCCAGGGCCCCAGGCCAGCCCCUCGCCCAGGCCGGCGCUCCGCAGCUGUCCACGGUUCCCAGCUCAGGCGCCAGGGCUCACCUCCCACAGGGCCCUCCCCUUCCAAUCCCUUCCCCAGCGCCCCUCUCCUGCCAUGGGCCGUGGGGGCAGGCGGGCCCUGGCCGGGGCGGGGCCGGGUGGGGAGACUCCCCUGCCUGCCCUCUGUCUGUCCGCCCUCGGACGCCCUUCAGGAACAGGGAGGCCGCCUGGUUUUUCCAGGUGGAUUAGGGGAACCCGGAGACCCGCCCGUGCCCGGGAGCCUGCCCUCGAGCAUAGGGUGUGUAGGGGCCGGGUCUACCCGCUGACUGGUGGAAGGUCUGACACCGCCUGGGCCCGGAGGGUGCUGACCCCUGGCCCUGACCCACAUCCCCACCCAGGGGGGGAACACAGCGGCCUGUGCCUGAGGAGGCGUGGGUUGCCUCGGGGCGGCUCCAGUUUUUGUCCUCUGGUGGGCAGGGCUGGGGCGGGGCAGGGGUCAGUACCAGUCGACCCCUUAACACUUAGGGACUUAAGACCCUGUCUCUGCCUUAGAACCCUGCCCCCCAGGCUUCCUGGCCCCCCAGGAGCUGGUGCCUGCGGCUCUCCCUGGGGCCUGGCGGGGAGGGCCCAUGUGCUCAGCUCCGUGAGCAGGCGGCACCGUGAGGGUCCCUGGUGUAUGUCGCGGGGAGGGGCGUGGGUCCCCGUGUGUGACUGCUCGUCCGUCGGGACGCAGGCGUCCUGUGAUCUUAGGCUUGUGGGGAGAGCUCACAACCCAGGCUCUGCCCUGUCCCCUUCCUCCGCUGCACCCCCCAAGAGCCUUCUUGCUGCGGCUGCGGCACCCCCUCCCCAGCGUCCCAGAGCACGUCCUCCCGAGGCCCUGUGCGCACCCCGGGAGCCAGGCUCCUGUCGGCGUGGGGGGGUGAGGUCUGCAGACGGCUGGUGUAGACACCACGCCUGGCCUGGAGGAGAGGCUGCGUGCGCCAGGCCCGUGGGGACGGCAGUUUGCUGGCUGGGCCAGGGUGGCGGGGGCAGCGUGGGAGGCCCAGAGGUGAAGGACGGUGGUCCCAGAGCUGGGAACGGGGGUCCCUGUGGAGGGGACUGUCAGGCUGGUUUUGGGGGGGCUCCAGGACUUCUGCUUUUGGGGUCCCCAGCCUGCCAGCCCCAUUCCUGUUCCCCCGAGGGCCUGAGUUCUUGCCCCUGUUCCUGCAGGAGGGGUGGUUUCCGGCCCCCCCCGCGAUGCCCACAAGGGGCGCGGGCUGCCAGGACCCCCCCAGCAGCCGGAGCCGCUGCUCUGUGCCCUGCGCCCCCUCCCCUGCCGGACCUCCCCCCGCCCUCCGGGCCGCCCUUCAGGAGUGGAUCUCCGGGGGGUCGCGGUGGAGUUCAGGUGGGCAGCGUGGGACGGCCCCCAGCGUCGGUGAGUGGGGUCAGCAGGCCAGGUCAGGCGCGGAUUUCCCGGCCUCCUGCCUCUCCCCGUCACACGUCACCGGCCCUGCCCGGGAGCUGGAACCACCCGGCCAGCGCUCUGGGCUUGGUGGUGGCUCGUGGUCCAGGACACGGUGUGGCCACCCCAGGAGGGAUCUUGGGAGGAGAGGUCAGUGGGGACGUGGUGACGCCUGACACUGCCGCAUGGUGUCGGUGAGGAAGCCGGUCACAGGGGAGUCCGGUGGGGUCCCCUCCUGCCAGGGGCCCCUCCCGGACCGACCGGUUUCCGGGUGUAUGAGGAGCCCGGCAGCCUGGCACUUGCGGCCUCGGGCCCAGCAGUACCGCGAGGCCGACCCCAGGGCAUCCCCAGGCGUCCGUGGCCCGGGAGCAGGGUGCGACCGUGGGGGCCAGCAGGGGUGCCUCUGGCGGGCCGUGUGCUCCCGCUGCACCCCCUGCUGGGGCUUCCCGGGUCUGCAGGAGCGGCUGAGCCCUGCCCCCACCCCCGCAGGUAGCCCCCCGCCCCCCCAGUUGGGAGGCCUCAGCCUCCCCCCGGUCUUGGCCCGUGCUCCGAGCAGAGCUGCCCAGCCAGGGCCGAGCGCCAGACGAUCUGUUCAUUUUCCGUCCGUCCCUCCCAGCGCUCUGCUCACUCCACCCUGCUCUUGCCUCCGCUCACCCCUGCCCCGGAGCGGUGGAGGCGGGGAGGGACCUAGACAGGAGCAGCCGAGAGGUCGUCUGCGCGCUGCCUGGGCUGCUGGGGCUCCCCUGCCCUCUCUGAGCCGGGCUUCCCUCUGCAAGGCCGGGGGGCAGGGGUGAAGGCCCAGCACUCGCGGGGUCUCCCCUGCUGGGCCCUCCCGGGAGACGGGGUGGAGCAGGGACCCCGAGCCCCGCAGCCUCAGGCGGGAGCGAGUGUGACACCCGUCCCUGAGCCCGGGGUGGGGGGGGUCCGGCGGCGAGGCAAGCGUCCGCGGCCCGAGUCCUGACGGCAGGUUCCAGAGCUCGGCGCGGGCGUCCGGGUCAGCUUCCUGCACGGGGCGCGAGCCGCCCGCCCGCUCAGAGCUGAGGUGGCGACAGGACUCUGCUGGCCCCCACGCGCGGCCGGUGCGCAGACCCCUCCCUGCAGCCAUGGCCUCCCUGCUCGUGCCCAAGGCACACGGGGCCAUUGUCUGGGGCCGCCCAUGCCCACGCCGGGGUCCCGGGGCCCAGCUCCUGGAAUCGGUUUCUCCCCGCCCAAGUGGGCUCUGGGGAACUUGGGACCCCCCGGAUGAUGAAACUAGGCCCCUAUCCCAGCCUCACGCCUGCCCGCUCU